GUUUUGUUGUGCUACGGUGUUGACGGCGUGAUGUCGGAGGAAGGCGGGGAGCAGGAGGUUGUGAAGAUUCUGGAGCUUCGAGUCCCCUCUAUGUCAAUAUCACCUAUCUUCGUUAACGCAGUUAAUUCUGGAUUCAAUGCGUCGCUGUGGUCACAUGACUAUACACUGGAAAGUGGCUUUCGUGUGGAGUGGAUUGUGAAGAAUAUGGAGGCUCAUGGUGGUGUUGAUGCGAUUAACGAGGCAAUGAAGGAAGACAAUGACAUUCUUCUUGUACAGGGACCCAUUAGCGCUGAACCUUUACAAUACUCACUCCCUGCGCUUGAAGAACACAACCUGGUAUCAUUUGCACCCUUUACUGGUUCUAGCGAAUUCCGGAAUUGGAAUCCUCACCUCUACUUUUUGCG